AGAGCGACGAUAACAACCCAAUCGAGAGUGCAUUGUUAAGCCGCAUCGAACCAACUAAAGCAGCAUUGUUCAAUUCAUAUCAUUGAAUACAGUACCAGGUAGUGCACAAAAAAUACUGUUCGGUCGAUCCCACAGCCCAUAGCGAUCCACCCGAUCCACGAAAAGAGGAAACUCGAAGAGAAGCAAACGCGGGUGAGUGAAGGCGUGCAGAAACGUGGAAGGCUGCGGUACCAGAGCGAGCGCAACUUGCUACAACACUACGCACAACACACACAGAAGAAGAAAGGCGAAAGAGGAGAAUGUGGCGGUCGAAAAGCAAGCGUCUACUCAUGCCAUCGCCCGGAAGAAACCAUCCCGGCAACCGGCUCGCAGCAGCAGCAGCAGACUCGGUGCAAAAACUCCUGUUGCUAGCAGCAACCGCCCUUGCAAUUGUUUCGCUGACGAAUCCGGCGGCGGUGACGGCCAACCCCGAGGAGAUCGACUAUACGUGCGAUCCGGGCUUGGAUUAUUCCCCGGACAACCAGUGCCAGACCAUCCAGGACGGCAUCUGCGACGAUCCAAGGCACGGUGGAUCCGGGGGGGACGCCUGCAUCGGGCAGGAUUGCAUCGAUUGCAACGUACACUGUAAGUCGACCCGUGAGGCGGGAUCGUUGGGAUGCUGCUUGGUUUGUUUGUUCGUAGGUUGGUUGGUUGGUUGGUUUUGGCGCAAAAUUCACGUGCAACGAUGCGAAAGCAAUGGAAUCCAUGGAAUGGAUUGGAUUGGAAUGCAUGUUGUUUGCAAAUAUUGUUGUUUGUGCAGGAUCUGGUUCGAGUCUUCUUUUUCUUUGGGGGGGGGGGGAACGUUUGCAGCCACACGAUGGAAACAGUUCGCUUGGCGGCACAAUAGGCGUUCGGCUGACGUUUUUGGAUUUUGAUUGGCACUCACAUUUUCGGUAUCGAUUCUUGGACCCUCCACAUCCCCACGUGCGACGGAACAAUCCCAAAUACGUGCACAAAACAUACAAACAAAUAAUGGACGCUCUUGUGUAUUUGCAUCGGCAGGCAAGCAAUUCCAGGCCGACUGCUACGGCUGUCUGAAUGCCAAGGGGUGUUAUUACUGUCCCGAGGAUGGAACCUGCGAGAAUUCAAAUUUCUAUACCAGYACCAACAAAGUCCCCGCCUGCAGCGAACCCGAUGUGUACCUCAGUAACGUCCUGGGCGACACACCCGACGCWUGUAUCGAUGCAGACUCCUACACCCAGGACCCACUGUGGUCUGGGAGCGAGUGGAUGUACGACGAGAUCAAUCUCGUGGAGGUGUGGGAGGAAUACGGGCUGAGUGGAAAAGGCGUCUCGAUUCGGAUCAACGACGACGGGGUCUACGUGAACAACAAGGAGUUUGAGGGCCGCUUCCAAGACGAGGAAAAUUCGUGUGGAUUCUUUAUGCCAAACUCAAUGGAUCAGGAUGUAGACGGACACGGAACGGCCGUGGCCGGGAUCGUUCUCGGGAACGACAACAACGAUCUCUGUGCGACGGGCAUCGCCCACGAAGGUGAGUUAUCAACACGGAGUGUGCUUUCCCGCUGUUUUCUUUUGCGUCGCACAGCAAGAAUUGCAAUCGCAAAAGGAAGCAUGCCAGGUUCCACGCACCGAGCACGUAGUGACUCGAAGGGAGGGAGACUGACAAUCGAAUAAUGCACGCUUUCUCUCGUUCUGCUCCCGCUCACGGUGUGGGUUUCCCUUGCGUUCCGUUCGCUCCUUGAAUUUGCUUCUAUUUCGUCGAAACAGCCACUUUCAGUUCCUGUAAUUUUUUCGCCGACGAUGUUCCCUACAGUGCCAUGGCCUACAAGCUUGAUACAUUUGACAUUUCCCAGAACUCCGUCGGGAUGCCGUAAGUGCCGGACCGUACCACGCGUUUAUGUUUUGCCCAUGCAACACCGCACAUGGAUGCAUGCAUACGUGCCUCGAAAUCAGCAAAACGCACGAAUAGAGUCAUCUGUCGGGCAAGGCUCAGACGCAGCGAGCACUAACCUCUAGUUUCGUUUCCGUCACGGAUCGUCCUGACUUUCUCUUGUCCAUUUUCAAUCGAUUUUCUCGAAACACAGGGGCUGUGGCGAGGAGGGCCAGCAUGGUUCACGAGGUGGUGGUCCCGUCCUUUCUAAGUACAAUCAAGUAUGCCCCUUUGAAUACACGGAUUCGUUGUACCAGCCCUGCGUGGAGUGCGAUGGAGAAUUCAUAGAGGACAAUACUCUGUCUCUGAGCUGCCAGACUGCGAUUGCCAGACACUGCAAAAGCCACUACAAGCUCGACAGAGCGGCAUGUACGGAUUUCCCCGAAAUCAUCAUCGGAGGCGACUGCGACUUCGAUAAGUUGCCUAUAGCGGCCAUUAAAGCCAUCGAGCUUGGGAUCGAGGAAGGACGCGACGGAAAGGGAACCAUCUACACCUUUGCUUCAGGAAACGACUUUUCUAAAGGAGACAACGUCAACUUUAGCGGAUGGACCAACUCUCGGUAUACUAUUUCGGUAGGUUCCGUCGGAAAGGACGGCGAACACGCAGAUUACUCCACGUCGGGUGCCGGACUCAUGGUAUCCGCUCCCGGGGGUGAUCCGAAGGACGUUGGCCACCUCAUGACCGCUGGACUGGGAGACGAGAAAUGUGUGGACUCGGGGCAAGGUACCUCCUUUGCCUGUCCCGUUGUGACCGGAGUCAUUGCUCUGAUGCUGGAGGCCAACCCGGACCUUACCUGGAGAGACGUGCAGGGAGUCCUGGUCGAAACAUCUCGAAGCAUCGAGGACGAUGAGGACUUGACAACAACCGUCAAUGGAGCAGGAUUAUGGCAUUCGAACUGGUACGGAUUUGGUGUCAUUGACGCGAAAGCUGCGGUAGAUGCUGCCAUCUCCUGGGAGCCAUUUUCGGAAGAACUGCAAGCUAUUGGAAUUUCGGACGAAGUGGAAGAUGUCUUGUCUGUUGAUCCUGAGGACGAGUACGUGUCUAAAAUCGUUCUCGACCCCGUUGAAGACGGUUAUCCCGACGAUUUUGUUGCUGAAUCUACGGUUAUCCUGUUGGAUUUGGCUCACUACAAUCGAGGAGGUCUACAAAUCACACUCGAGAGCCCAUCCGGAACGACAUCCGUUUUAACUCCCGGCAAACGACCCGAAGCUGGCGCACUAGACGACGGCGAGCGAUGGAAACUAAUGACACUCAAGAAUUGGGGCGAAGACCCCACAGGAAAAUGGAAGUUGAAGAUUCGAGAUUUGAGCGUGGAAGAAAACGAAGUUGUAAACCCAGAGCCUGAUAUUUUCUCGCAAUGGACUUUAAUUGUCUAUGGACGCUCCGCUACYGGCCAGAAAGGAUUUGGCGGAGAAGAAGACGAAGCAGAUGCGAAUUUGACGAGUGACCUUUGCCUCAAUCCCACGGCUCCCUCAACUGGGUGCCUCACGCUUGGCGACGGAAACUCAUCGUGCCCGGCCGGUGCAACACUUAAUUUCAAUGAAGGCUCUAUCACUGUCGACGCAAACAUUGUGUGUCCCGAGGAAAUACUCAUUGGCGACAAUAUGCACUACUCUGAAGCAUCUCAAAGAGGACUCUGUUCCUGUGAAGCGGCACUAUUCGAUGGAAAUUGUGACGUCCUCCACGAAGAUUUGGAGUGCGAGUGCUUUUCGUGUCCGGACGGACUCAGAAUGAGCACUGCUUACAGCUGUAAUAAACCCAUUUUCAAUGACUGUUUGACCUUCGAUUGCUUGGGGAAUUGCAAUGGACCCUACGAGCCCCCACUGCUGGGCCAACCGCUCCCUACCGGGGGCGGAGGCACUCAGGAUCAACCACUAGGGCAACCCGUGAUGACGCCUGUUGUUGCUCCUGUUGGUGAACCUACUGGUGAGCAACCUUUGAUACCCCCCGACGGACAGCCCCCAAAUGGGCAGCCAGUGAGUGCGCCCGUUCUUCAACCCAUUGGUCAGCAGACGCCUACGGAUGAAGGAGUUGGUUCAGAGCCUGUGCCACCGAAUGAUGAGCCCGUUGGUGAACCAGUGAUCUCACCUGAUAACACUUCCGCUGGCAGUGCGUCGGAUGUUCCAACACUCGGGGAAGAAGUAGCGUCGGAGCCUGCAACUACUUGCAAGUCUGCGCUACCAGUCGAAUCAGCUGCGACGAACGGGGGAAAUAUUACCGCGGUCUCGAUUUUGGGUCUCGAAGGAACUUGUCUCUCGGGACUAGAAACUCUAGCGGGUUGGUACAGUGUUGUAGGAAACGGGAAAGUCUUUACUCUCCAAGCUUGCCCACGGGAUCCAUCAAAGAACAUAGGUAUCAGUGUCUUCACAGGGGAAUGCGGUAGCUUGGUCUGUAUCGAAAACCAAUCGAGACAAGCGGCAACUUGUGAAAAUGGGUAUUCAACGUCGUGGAUUACAGAAAACGAAAAAACAUACAGUAUUUUGCUCACAGGACUGCCAGUUGGGGUUGACCUGAUCUCUUCUGGACGGCGUUUGGAGGCAGUAGACGGGCCUGACUUUGAACUGGAGUUCACCGAGGAACAGAUUCCGGAAAACAGUUUGUGUGGACUGUCCUCUUCGAUUGCGUCUGAAGGCUCUGCGAAGGGUAUUACCGUUAUUGGAGAUUCUGACUAUGUAUACAAUACUUGUGAAGGAACAGAAAAGACGGGUGCAUGGUAUUCUGUCUCAGAAGGUACUCCAAGUGAAGAUGGAAUAAUUGUGUACGAGGCAAGUACCUGCAAUUCAGAAACUACGUUCUAUAAUGCGUUGAGCAUUUUUAGGGGCGACUGCACAUCUUUGCAGUGCGUAGAUGUUGAUGUUCUUCCCUGCGCGGAUAAUGACUAUGGCCAACGCGUAUAUUGGACAACUAGUAAGGAAGAAGCGUUCCAGAUCUUUGUACACGCUGCAGAUACUAUUGAGGCCGCACUUUUUGAUGCAGGAUCUUACGAAAUAGAUAUUGCGUUUAACGAUAGGCAAAUAAAUGACCAAUGCAGUCAGGCAAUAGAAUUGGAAUUGGAUGCUGAAAUCAUGGGAUCGACGAAAGGCUCGAAGCCAGAUAUGAGUGCAAUUAGUGACUCGUCGUGUGGGACAGGAAGCGCUGGUGUGUGGCAUAGUAUUGUUGGAAAUGGAGGUAUAUUUCAAGCUUCCACAUGCUCAAAUGAGACCGACCAUAAAACAUCGAUCUACGUAUAUUCUGGUGGAUGCGGGAGCCUAAAUUGCAUAGAUGAAAAAGGGCCCAAUAAAUCGCUUUGUUUAGACGAAGUUGCGAGUGACAAAGCAGCUGUCGUCAACUUUAAAACGCAAGUGGAUGUAUUAUAUCACGUUCUCGUUUCAGGACACGAAGAAGAUGGCAAAGAGUCGGGGAAUUUCGGUCUCACAGUUACAGAAAUCACACCCUCCGCUGGGAAUGAAUGCAAAGAGGCUUUACCAAUUUCCCUGGAUGACCCUAGUACUCUUGGCAGUACGCUGCAAUCUACUGUUGACUUUAGCCUUGGCGAUGUUUGUGGCGCUCCGUUAGAUACUCCUGGCGUUUGGUAUACUAUCGAAGGCACAGGUAAAGGUUUGGAAAUAAGUACAUGCAAAAGCAAUAACUUCAACACUGCUAUCAGUGUGUUUGAAGGCUCGUGUGAAAGUUUAGAAUGUGUCACCGGUACCCAAGCGAAAGAUGCAGCGUGUGACAACUCAGGAGUAACAGCAGCCUUCCAAUCUAAAUCUGCAACAACUUACUAUAUUUUUGUCCACGGAACAGAAUCCUUAAGUAGCAUGGGCGACUUCGAAUUGACCUACAAAGAGUUUGAUGUUCUCGAAACAAACGAAUUUUGUCCACAAGCUCGUUCCAUUACAGCCGACGGGAGUCGGAUUCAAGGAUCAACAGAAGAUGCGACACACGCAACAAUCCAAGAAACGUCGUGUGGGGUGGAAAUCAGCAAUCCUGGGCUGUGGUACAAUUUUAAGGGGAACGGACAACCCUUUACUAUUUCGGCGUGCAACGAAGACGCUGAUGAGUUUGAUGUAUCGAUUUCCAUCUUUACGGGAAGCUGUGGUAAUCUCAAAUGCAUUGCUGGAACCACGUUUUUCCAAAACGUAUGCUCAACGCUGGAAACUAGACGACAGCUGCAAUCAUCGACUUCUGGUAACAACGUACGUCUCAUGACAGUGAAUCUCGAGGACUAUUACGUAUUUGUUCACGGACAAAACGGAGUCGGCGAUUUUGAUUUGUUCGUGAGAGACGAGAAUCUCUCGGGCUUUGGAACAGCUGCGCCCUCGGAGACUCCGAUACAGUAUGGAACAGAUUUAUACCGUUGGACCAUUAUCGACGUUGGCAUUGAGAUCGUGACAGAUUAUUUGAAACUAACAAUCGUGUCGCCUCCAAACAACGGCACGGCAUCGGUGCUAGGACCCAUCAUUGAAUACAAUCCAAAUUCUGGAUUCAAUGGAGACGAUGCCAUGACGUUGGACGGAUGUGUACAAAGCGAUUGUCUCCGAUUUGAUGUCAUCGUUAGUGUUAUGGGGAACGAACGUACUAUCCCUCUUUCUUUAAAUGGUAGUACAAGCGACGACGAAUGGAACAAGUUGUGGCUCCUGGCAAUACUGCUGGUAUUGGUUCCUUGUUGUACCUGCAUCCCGUUGAUUUAUUUCUUUUACCAGAAGAAAAAGAGAAAACAAGAAGAGAACGAUGUCAAUAACCAUAGUAGUGACAGCGAAGGAUUUGAAGACGAUUUCUCGGAUGACGACGAGAAAGGCGAAAGGAAAUUAUUGUCGAAUGAUGACGACUACAGUGAUGAUGACUGGGAAUCCAGUGACGACGACGAGAGCAGUGAUGACAACUCGGAAUCCAGUUUCGACGACGAGGAUGCUGAUGGCUGGGGAUCGACACUUCCCUCAAAACCCAAAAAACCUGCUGUGACCGACCCAAAUAGUGAAAACGAUUGGGAAUCCAGUGAUAGUGACGAGGAUUAAGCUUUUGUUUCCUCGUUUUCGAAAGAAGUUUGUAUCGUAGUGCAUUCCGUCCGCACUAGAAGAUUUCAAACUUGAUCUCCAUCUGUACUAAUAGCACUUGUAUAAAUCGAAGUAAACCUAUGAAUUGUGCCAUCGGAACCCAAAACGUAUAUCGGAGUAUCCCUAUAAAUUGUGUCAUCGAAACCCAAUUAUCUUUCGAUUUAGUCAAGAAAUUUUCAUGCUAUUGCUAAGACAAAUUUCUAUUGCUUCAGAGGUUGUGAUGAUGUCUCGCAAGAUAUUGGAAUCAUAUGUGCGAAGUAUGCUGGACUGGCAGGAGCAUAACAAAAAACUUCAGUGGAAUAAAAUAAUAAUGGCAAUACAUGGUACUAUGGAGGAAACAUAUUUGGACCUGUUUGGUAAUACAAUGGAUAUAAAAAC